AUAGUAGUUUGCAUGCGGGACUGUAACCACCAGGAAUCAAUAAUAAGAAUAUUAUCUAAAUUAUUACCCCAUUAUCAUAAUUUUUAUUGCUACAUUUUGUUGUAUUGUUUUAUAAGUGCUAUAUAAUUUAGUAUUCCGGUUGACUGCAGUUCGAAACAAUUUUGUCUGAUCUUGAAAAAUUACACCUGAACUAAGAAAAUAAGUUGAUACAAAAUAGUGUUUCAUUAUUCAUAGCACGAUUAACCCCAUUAUACAUACAUAAAUACGUUCGUGCUUUUUUUUCCAGCGUCAGCACUGUGUCAAUCUGUCUAUCAUGUCUAUUAUCUACCAAUUUAUGUACAUCACACCUAAUGUGAAGUGGUGUUUUUAACGUUCAAUGUGUGUUUGUUCAAGAUUUUAGCAUUGAGGUUUUGAUUCCAAAAAAUAUUAGGAUUCCAAAUUUGGAGCUUUUAAAAAAAAUCUGUAUAAAAUUAUCAGUAAAAAAUUAUAACUAUCGCAAUGGCUAACGGAAACGGAACAGUGGAAGUGAUCACGCAAAAUUUGUCCGAGCUCUUUGGUUGGCCAGAUUAUCUGGUGUUCAUUCUCAUGCUUGGAAUCUCUGCAGGAAUCGGAAUCAUGUUUGGAUGUUUUGGGGCGAAGCAGAAGACAACUAGCGAAUUUUUAAUGGCUGGCAGAAAUAUGGGCACGUUCCCCGUUUCGAUGUCCUUAAUAGCCAGUUUCAUGAGCGCAAUAACUUUACUAGGCACCCCGGCCGAAGUUUAUUCCAAAGGAACGCUAUAUUGGAUGAUAGGACCUUCGUACGUCGUCGUCAUGGCGAGUGCUGCCUAUUUGUACUUGCCAGUAUUCUAUAAUCUCCAAGUGACGUCCGCCUACGAGUACUUGGAGCUGAGAUUUUCAAAACCUGUCAGAAUGUUGGGAUCAGCAAUAUUUACAACUCAGAUGACAAUCUACAUGUCUAUAGUGGUAUAUGCUCCAGCCCUCGCAUUGAGUCAAGUUACUGGAUUAAACUUAUAUGGAUGUGUCACAGCAAUUUUUGCUAUUGUAAUUUUCUAUACGGCUUUGGGAGGCAUGAAAGCUGUGAUGUGGACCGAUGUCAUUCAAACAAUUAUCAUGUUUGGUGCAAUGCUUGCAGUUGUAAUUAAAGGAUCGUAUGACUUGGGUGGCUUUGCGAAUGUGUGGAGUAUUUCGAAUGAGGGACAAAGGAUUGAAUUCUUCAACUUUGACCUUGACCCACGAACUCGCCAUACUGUUUGGAGUCUUUGCAUUGGAGGUUAUUUUACUUGGAUUGCUGUUUAUGGAGUCAACCAAGCUCAGGUUCAACGUUAUCUCACUGUUCCCACGAUGAGACAGGCUCAAAAUGCCAUUUGGAUGAAUUUCUUCGGGCUUUUUGGCCUGUUAACCAUCUGCUGUUACGCCGGACUUGUAAUUUAUGCCCGUUAUGCCGACUGCGACCCGUUGAUAUCAAAUCGAGUGAAAACUCCAGAUCAAUUAUUUCCUCUGUAUGUAAUGGAUACAUUGGGGUCAAUUCCGGGUCUACCAGGGCUGUUUGUGGCUGGAAUUUUUUCGGGAGCCCUCAGUACGGUAUCAAGUGGGCUAAACAGCUUGGCUGCAAUCACAUUGGAGGAUUUUGCUCGACAUUUCUAUCCAAACAUGACUGAAACAAGAGCCACAACCGUUAGCAAAGGCUUGGCUGUGAUGUACGGGCUCAUUUCUUUCGGAUUGGUAUUCGUUGCUCAACAGUUAGGUGGAAUUCUUCAAGCAGCCCUAUCGAUUUUUGGUAUCAUUGGGGGGCCUCUACUUGGGGUCUUCACAUUGGGCAUGUUUUUCCCUUGGGCUUCUUCGAAGGGGGCUUUUACAGGGACGGUUACAGCCCUCGCAUUUAUGGUUUGGUUGGGCGUGGGUGCAAAUAUGGCGAUUGCAAACAAACAAAUUGUGACGCCCAAGUUGGAUAUCAGUGUCUCGGGAUGUAAGCACGGCAAUUUUACUCUCCCCCUGACGAGUUCGGGAGAAAGCGGAGGACUGCUGGAAUUUUAUCGAAUUUCCUACAUGUGGUAUUCAUUGAUUGGAUGCUCAAUCACGAUCGUGAUUGGAUUGCUAGUUUCUUUUUUAACUGGAAAGAGAGACCCACGAACACUGGAUCCUCACCUUAUUAGCCCACCUAUGGAUAGGCUUAUGCGAAACUUUCUCCCUGAGAGUUUUCAGUGGGACUUGGGAUCUGCAAUCAAAAAACCACGAAAUUUUAGCAACGGAAACGGUGCUCAGACUCCGAAAGCAGAAGAAAAUGGACAUCAGAAUGGAAGGAGUCUUUCGGGGAUGGAUAAUCCUGGAUUUAAUCAUUAUGAAGACUAUGAAAUGAGAAAUGCCUUAAAAUUAAAAUCUUAAUGCAUGGUUUUUGUAGCGGUACAUUUGCAUAUUAUUAAUACGCUGUGGUCAUUGAUACUUAACUGACAAUUUUAUACACUUUAAUAAAAUUAAAUUCUGAACUUUACAUUUGUGCUCCAUUGUGUUUAUUAGUGACCAGUACACAAUAAAUUGUAUUCUUAUAGGACGAGAAUGACAUUGUAAAAUAUGUACAUAAUGAAUAAACCAGUAUAAUUUGUAA